AUGGCACCCCGCAAUAUUCUUUCGGCGGGUUCCGUGGAGCAUCAUAGCCCGUUUAGCCGAUCUUUCCAAUCCAGUUCGCCUCUCGCCGAAGCCGCCAUUGCUCACGAUCUGGCUCACUAUUCCGAUGAAGACUCAAUUUCAAGCACCGACGAAGCAUCCGAGGCCUCCACGGUCCGCCCAGCAAGCAGACGCCCAUCCAGUACAUAUGCGGGAACGAAUCCGCACUCGUUAACCGGGUCAUAUCGCCGCCCAAGUUACUUCACCACCGUCAACCAUGCUACCGUGCUCCCGUCUCAAGGAGACUAUCAACCGCUAACGGAAGCUGAGCUUCAGCAGGCAAUUGCGGAAGAGCGAAAUUUGCUGAGUGAUAACCGAGUCAUUCCAGCGGAAGAACCGGAGGGAUUGCAACAUAAAUUGAGUAAAGUCUUCUCGGCCUCUUCGGGGCAAGGAGGACCAUCGAAGCAAUAUGGUGGUGCUGAUGGACGGGAUACCGAGACUACUGCGCUGCUAGGACCUUCGGAGGACCAUCAAAUGGGGCCAGAGGAGAUUGAUCGCAAGUGGGAGGAAGCCGUAACGGCUGGUCUGAUCAACACGACAUGGAGGCGGGAAACAGAAGUUAUCGUACGAUACUCUGCUCCGUUGAUGGUGACUUUCCUGCUACAGUACUCGCUCACCGUGGCGAGUAUCUUCUCGAUCGGCCAUUUGGGUAAAGAGGAACUGGGUGCUGUCAGUCUCGCUUCCAUGACGGUCUCCAUCACUGGUAACGCCGUAUACUCCGGGUUAGCCACCAGUCUGGAUACUCUCUGUGCCCAGGCUUUUGGAUCGGGCAAGAAGAAGCUGGUUGGACUACAAAUGCUUCGCAUGAUUUAUUUCCUUUUGGUCGUGACCAUUCCCAUCGCUACCCUGUGGUACUUCUCUGGGCAUAUUUUGGCCAAAAUUGUGCCGGAGAAGAGGGUGGCUGAAAUGGCAGGCUUGUACAUGAAGGUGGCCCUCCUAGGGUUGCCGGGAUAUGCGUGCUUUGAGAGCGGCAAGCGAUAUCUACAGGCUCAGGGUGUUUUCUCUGCGUCUCUCUAUGUCCUGAUUAUCUGCGCACCGCUCAAUGCGUUCAUGAACUGGUUCUUCGUUUGGAAACUACAAUGGGGUUUUGUUGGUGCUCCUAUCGCCGUUGUCAUUACCGAGACUCUCCUACCUAUCUGCCUGUUUGCAUACAUCUACUUCCGUGUUGGCUCUGAAUGUUGGUGCGGCUUUACCAGACGCGCCUUUGACAACUGGGGCCCCAUGAUCCGCCUUGCCCUGCCAGGUCUUAUCAUGGUUGAAGCAGAAUGUCUCGCCUUCGAGGUGCUGACACUGGCUUCCAGCUAUUUGGGCACAUCUGAACUCGCAGCUCAAUCGAUUUUGUCAACCAUUGCAAGCAUCACUUGGCAGAUUCCCUUCCCACUGUCAAUUGCCGGUAGCACCCGUGUUGCGAACCUGAUCGGUGCUUCCCUGGUUGGCGCCGCCAAAACGUCGGCUAAGGUGAGCUUCUGCGGAGCUACCAUCGUUGGUCUCUUCAACAUGAUUCUUCUCUCGAGCCUUCGAUCCUAUAUUCCCAUGCUAUUCAGCUCCGACCCCGAAGUCAUCGACAUCGUCGCCGAGGUCCUUCCUCUAUGCGCUGCUUUCCAGCUCUUCGAUGCCCUUGCCGCCAAUUGCAAUGGUAUUCUCCGCGGUCUGGGUCGCCAGGAGAUCGGUGGUUAUAUCCAAUUGUUCUGUUACUAUGCCAUCGCCAUGCCUAUUAGUAUGGGCACAACGUUCUCCUUGAAUUGGGGUGUCAUGGGUCUCUGGACUGGUGUGGCUAUUGCACUCCUGCUGGUCUCUGCCACUGAGGCGCUCUUCAUUAGCCGAAUCAGCUGGGAACGAUCUGUGGAUGAAGCCCAACUGCGGAACGAGUUGAUCUGA